AUGGCCCCGCGAUUUGCGCUCCUUGUUUUGCUCCUCGCCCUCCUCCCCCUCGUGCUCCCUCAUCCUGUCCGCCUCCCCUCCGCACCUUGCGCCGCGCAAAUCGCCGCGCGGAGCCUCGAGGGGCGCGGGGCGCACCGCGUGCUGCGCACGUCGCUCCGCGUGACAUGCCGCGCCGACGUGUUCCGCCCACGUCAUCCAGGCGGUGCACACGUGGCGUGCGGAGAAGCGCCCGUUACUAGAACGGGGAGCUGUUACAAUGGGAAUGAGGGAGAGACGGAAGGAGGGAGAACAGACGGUGGAGAGGACGAGCGGCCGACAGAUGGGUGCAGAGCGGUUCCAGAGCUCAGUAGCUGCACUGCUGCUAGUGAAAGCGUGGGAAGCGGUGGGGCAGAAGGGAGGACACGUGUCACGAUACGAUUGGAGCAACCCGUGCCACGUGGGCUGUACGCCGAUCCGUUUGAGCUGGAGCGAAUCUUGCGACCCGGUGAGGCGGGGAGAGGGGCGUUAGUGGGCGCAUGGGAUGGGGGAAUGGGGAAGGGAGAAGCAGGGGGAGUGCGCAGUGAGGGGGAGGCAGGGGGAGUCCGCAGUGAGGGAGGGGAGUGGGCACCCUUUCCCGACUGCAUUUCUCCCCCUAUUGUUCCCAUUCCUCCCUCCCUACCUUUCGAAGCAGCCGGCGACCGAGCCUGGGUGGUAGGUCCGGUGGAGCUGGAGCAGCCAGCGCCGCGCUGUGAAGCAACGGUGGCACUCAUGGAAAGGGACGUGCGUGUGGGGGGGAAGGGCGACGAGGUGCAGCUGGGGAAGGGGGACGGGGAGGGGGACGGGAAGGGGGAGGGGGAGGGGGAGGGGGAGGGUGACAUGCAGGUGGGGGAAGAUGAGGUUGCUUUCUCAGUGGAUUUCAGCCUGCCUCUGCACUCUCGAUACCCGGCUGUGCUGCCAACUCUCUCCCCCCCACUCUCCCUGCUCUCCCUCCUCCGAUCCGCCUCUCACUCGCUCCUAACUCUUGCCUCCCUUCCCUGGGACUUCCAACAACUUAAAGCCACCCUUAGCAGCAACCACUCUUCUCUCUCCGCCCUUUCCUCUCUCUCACGAGCCAUCGCCGGCAGCUGCAGCCAAUCACACACUGCAGUUCAUUGCCUUCCCAUGCGGCUCACGUGGUCGUCACAAACAGCAGCUGCAGACGGGGAAACGGACAGGCUGGUGGGAGCAGCAGGUCUGGGAGGAGACUCGGAGGGAUCCGGAGCAGCACUUUCUGAGGGAAGGCACGACGAGGAGAGAGGGGAGAAGGCGGAGGAAGGGGCGUUGCUGUGGGAGGUGCCGGCGGGGUGUGCUGCCCACACGCCCCUGGUGCUGUGGGGUACGUCCCUAGCUGCUGCUGUGGGGGCUCUGGUGCUUGUUGCCGUGGCUGCUGCUGCUCCCGUGCACCCAGGGGCUACCAAGGCCAAAUAG